CGUAGUAGUUAAGGAAGGUAUAGCUAUACCAGCGGCUGAGAGGACGCAUGCGCCGCACUGGAGUGAGUCACCAGCUGAUCGCGGUGUAUGGCUUACACUCGUACAGUGCACCCACAGUUGACGACGUUUGAGCUCGCUCCGCGAAGCGCGGAUUUUUGUGAUUCAAAAUUAUAGUUUAUUUUCUCAAUUUGGACAACUUUUUAUUAUAGCUAAGCCAUGUCUCACACGGUGACGAUUACGCGGACCACGGCUGUGUCGUCCGGCCACGCGGUUUAUGUGAACAGCGGGUACCUCAGCUCGACUCCUGGCCUGCUGAAAUUAGCACAAUUAUUGCUGGGUGCAGCAUGCGUGGGUGUGAUGGCAUACUACAUGGACCACGGGCCCUACUACCACGUGGCGCCCAAGGCUGAGCUGUUCUACUUGCUGGUGGCUGUGGCUUUCCUCAUCGGCACGUUUUGCCUCGUCGUCUCGUGCCUCGCGUCCUUGUCGACGGCCUCCAUUAUUUCCAAGACUGUUUAUGAGGUUAUAUACCAUGGGCUGGCCUGCCUCCUAUAUUUGGCAGCAGGACUUACGCUUAUUAUAGAAGUAAACCAUUACAAGAACUCAUAUGGCAGAAACUACGAGCCCUAUUUAGCUGCGUCGAUUAUGGGUCUCAUCAUGGCUGUACUGUACCUUUUCAGCACGUUCCUAGCCAAUCGUUCCUACCGCGGCAUUUAAGCAUUCAGGAAGAAAGGGAAAUACACUUAAGCUAAAGGAUGGAUUCGAUCAAACUCAUUAAUUCGUUUAAGUUUAUCUUUCGAAUAAUAUUAUUAAUUACUCCAGAGAUAAACCUUACAAUAUAAAUAGAUAUAUGUUACGUUAUUGUCAUUUUUCGGGAUAACAGGACAGAUCCUGGCUAAACAGGAGUUACAGAGGUGUUAAACGAGACGUGGGAAUAGUCCCGUAAUUGUAUUUUUUUUACGGAUAUUUGUGGAUUAGUCGUUAAACCUAGUCAGAGGCCUUAAGGCGGUUUAAUGACAUCAGUCAGUUUUCUACCACCUCCACCAAUCCGCCCUAGAUUCACGUGGUAGAGAAUUUGGGGUGCGGACGUGGGGGCUACACAGGUAGGCUCAUGUAUUGUAUUUGGUCAAAUCCUGCCUAAAUGUAGCCAUUUACUUAGUGAUAGAAUAUUUAUUGAUGUCUACCAUUUAUAACUUGUCUGCCAUAUAGUUUUAAGGAAAUGAAUUUAUAGGUCAGGUGCAACGACCUCUUUUUCAUAGACAUGAAAUAAACACAUAUUUUUAUAAAAAAGAGAACAUAAUAUGAAAGCUAUUUCUACAUUCUCAUUUUGAUAUCUUUUUUUAGAUUUUAGGACAUAUUAAACAAUAUGGAUAUUAUUCUCAAGAAACAUUAUUUAUUGGUCAAAUGUGAUACCUAAUACUUUAGUACGUUGCCGUUUAUCCAGCUUUUACCACUCUUUGUUAAAUUAAUUAGUAAUUCUGUUAAUCUAACAUUGGUUUUGUUUGUCCUACUCUCGACAGUCAGUUAGUCAUUAUGUCAGUUAAAACUUAUUUAUUAAUGCACUGUUAUAAAAUAUUCAAUCUUCCAUAUUGACAUGGGUUGUGUUAUAUUUACUUAUUGUUGGUUAUUUGAUACACAAAUCUAAAGACUCUACCACACAGACGGCGACGACAGCGUAGUUACGACGGGCGUAGUGUAGUUAGUUUUCUAAACAAUUUUAAUCAUUGCCUUAGGUACACUUAUGCCGUUCUGUGUAUUUAUGCAAAGGAAGAAUAAUUUUAGUGUUUAGUUAUUUUUUAGGUACUUACAUACUCAUUUAAGUCGCCAUCUAGCGGCAAGGUAAUACGAUGCAUUGUAGCGCCAACCACACUGUGGGUUUACUCCAACGAAUUUCGAACCAUUUGUAUUGUAAGGAAAAUAUUAUAUCUGCGUACACGCAGUUUUUGAUAUUUUAUAUUUUGGCAAUAGGUACAUAUUUCAGUUAGUGUCAUGCGAUAUUUAACAUUAACUAGUUUGUAAAAUAAAACUACGAAAAAAAGUGUGAUGUUAUUGAAAAUGGACACGGUCAAAAAAAACGUAAAGAAUUUUGCA